AUGCAAGAACCUAUUGUAACUCUCUUUUCAUCAGAAUCCACCAAGGUAGAGACAACCAUUCAAGAAGAAGAGGAUGAUAACGAUAAUGUUAUGGUUUCUUUUGAUGAUCUCCAAUCUGAUCAUGACGAGGAAGAUAUUCCUGAUGAGUUAAUAAUGUCAAUUGCAGAUGCAACUACAAGAUUGAUAGAAAAUCUCACCACUUUUAAAAAGGAAUACUUGAAUGAUCUUCAUGUCAAGGUAGAGAAGGAUGAGAUAGUAUUUCUCAAGACUCCUUUCAAAAAUGGUUUCGAAUGUUGA